AUGCCGGUGGAGCUUCAAGCUCCAGCGGGUACAACCAAGCCGGAUAGGCUUUCUGUAGGUGCCGGAAGGACGAUUACGGAUCCGAGUCCUAGGGCCAACCCGGCUAAAGCGGAACGAACGUUAAAAAUAGUACAGGUGUAUGCACCAGCCACAAAUAAUGCACAGCCCACAGAAGAAGCAGAAGAAGAACUGGAAGAAUUUUUCGAAGAAGUGGAAAGGGCUAUGAAUAAAAAAUCAACAUACACGAUUGUACAAGGGGACUUCAAUGCCAAAGUGGGAUGUAGAAUCAAUCAAAAUGAAAGAUACAUUGAAAAACUCUCGAACAUCAAAUACAGUCGUCAAUUUGGCAUCGCUAGCGAACAAACUGGAAGCUCAGGAUUGGUCAAUAACGAGUGA